UUUAGAUUAUUUAUAAGCUGUUUCUGUGGAUGCCUGCUCAGUGCUUUUCUUUGAUUAGAGGUCAGCUGUUCAGCUGUGAAGCCUCUCACUACAACAUGGAUGUGAAUCUGCUUAAGAACUGAAAAUGUCACUGGAAAUCCCCGUGUUUUGGAUACUAAUUACUUGGCUUGCAAAGCUGAUUCCAUUCUGAACUUUCUUUUCAUGAAUGUGCUUGGUUAAAUGGCAAUAGGCAUUUGUUAUUUAUAGCAAAGUUCUGCUUUAUCUGGGGCAAGCUCUGAGGCUGAAAUCAGCAGGAUCACACUGACAGAUUCUUGAUACACAUGGAGCUCUCAGGAAAAUAAUCAUCACAACAGCUCACCCUGUUAAUAUAUUGCAUGCAUUGCAACACUACCAACAGGAUGGAUUCCCUCUCACUGACCAUGCUACUGUGAAUCUGGGCAAAACAGGAAAUUAUAUGCAAGAGAAAGGAACUACAGGAUUAUAGAAAAGCAUUACUUUAUCAUCAGGAAGUUUAACUAUGCAAAGAGGUUACUCUUUGCUGAUAUUGUUCAUCUUAUUCGUGGAUCAUUCAGUCAUCGGAACAUGCUCCAUCCUUGCAGUUACUGCAGUCCUUGGGGAAACAAUAACACUGCCAUGCCUCAUUUCUGGCUACAACGAAAGAGCAGGCAAAAAAACAAAACGUAUAUAUUGGCAGACAUCCAAUGAUACACCAAAACCAGUAGAAGCAGUGCAUGUUUAUAAUGAUGGGAAAGAAGAAUUUCAAGAUCAAAGUGAGAAAUACAAGCAACGGACUAAACUUUUUUUGGAUCAGCUUAAGAAUGGUAACUUUUCUAUUCAACUGAUAUCAAUUAAAGUGUCAGAUGAAGACGUUUAUGAGUGCUACUACCAACAAGAGAAUAAUAUGCGUUUAGUCUGCUCAAUUGACUUGCAAGUGAGUGCACAUUACAAUGAUCCGGUAUUGUCUCGCUUCCAGAUUGAUAAUGACACAACACAGUUCACUUGCAUAUCUAAGGAAGGAUAUCCUGCACCAAAAGUUCACUGGUCAUUUAGUGACAGUGAAAGUUUUACAGACCAUACCUUAGAAAACAGCGCUAUUCAGGAUAACCUUACUGGACUGUAUUCUGUUGUCAGUAAUCUAACAGUGCGUACUAAUCAAAGCAUAUCCGUUACUUGUGUAAUAGAGAAUGAAAGGAUCCAGGAGAACAAAUCAGCAGCAAUCUACAAAAAAGUCUAUACAUCACCAGAUAAUCAAGGACCAGAUGCUCCUCCAACACAUGUCACAGUUGUAGUAGUUCUUAUGGUGAUCCUACUUGUAAUAGCAUCGGUGGUAAUACGGCUAUUGUACAAAAGGAGGCUUCCAUUUCAAACAUCCAGACAAAAUCCAAAUCGAAAUUCGAAUUGCACAUAUAAAAAGACAAACAAUGACGACACUGCAGAAGUAUAGUGAACAAUGAAAAUGAGACCUUCAGUCGACAAGCUGUGAAACUUUUUAACUCAUUCCCUCCAGUACAGCUCUUUGAGUGUGUACCUUUAACUACCAGUGGGUGUGGCCUGAGCCUUUAAAAAAAAUUAAGUUAUCACCUUACAGUUCUAACAAAUACUCAUUGGCCGAGGUCAUAUAUUAAUACAGUUGUGUUUGCCAUCAUGUAUAUUUCAAGAUAAAAUAUUCUGAUACCUUGUAUGUAACAUGGUUUUGGAAUUAUUAAUGUGAAUAUGAACAAACAGUAUUUGACACUUAGAGGCACAGAAGGAGGUACCUGCAGAAAGUCUUGGAGACACACUCAGCUACAAUGAGACAUCACAACUAUUUGAGCCAAUAAUCCAAGGGACAAUGAAUUUAAAUAAACUAUUGCUCGACUGAUAUUAAGGGGUAUACUUAUUUGCAGGUGCCUGUCAUAAUUGCUAUGCAGUCUGUGAAAAGCCUUAUUACUUAAGGUAAAAAAAAUCUGUCCACUUCUAAAAAUAUAUAACUGUUUUUGCAAACAUUUUUAUAGUGCAACCUAUACAAAGCCCACAUUCCUGUUUAUCAGUCAUUUUUAUGUUAAAUAAAAAAUGUGACUUUUUGUAAUUAA